AUGAUAUCAAAUAUUAAAAUUGGUAUCAAUGGAUUUGGUCGGCUUGUAUUUCGAUGUGCACUUGAACAAAGUAUUCAAGUAAUUGCUGUUAAUGAUCCAAGUCCAUCAAUUUUUAUUCCUCCUGCUGAACAUAUGGUUAAUAUGUUGAAACAUGAUUCAACACAUGAAUAUUUCAAAGGUAAAGUUUCACAUAAAGAUAACAAAUUUAUUGUUGCAGGCCAAGAAAUCAGCAUCCUCGUUGAACAACAACCAUCAAACAUUCCAUGGGAUGAACUCGAUGUUGAAACAAUCGGCGUAUAUACAAUAAUUGAUAAAUGUCAAUCAUAUUUACAAGCUGGUGCUAAAAAAGUUAUAAUUGCAGAACCAUCAACUGAUGCUCCAAUGUUUGUUAUGGAUGAUUUGCAACGACGUGAAGAUUCACAAAAUAUUAUUCCAAUAUCAAUUGGUGCUGCUAUUGCUGAAAUUUGUGUUGCAAUUAAAGAAGCUACAAAUGGUCCAUUCAAAAAUAUUUUGGUUUAUACUGAAGAUGAAGUUGUUUCGACAUGUUUUAUUGAUGAUAUACAUUCAUCAAUUUUUUAUGCUAAAGCUGGUAUUUCACUGGAUGAUCGUAUUGUGAUUAAAUAA